UAAAUUAAUCAACUCGAGGAAUACACCACAUUAAAGGGAAACCUGAGGAUGUACAGAGUAUAACCCAGCCAAAGGAAUUAAUAAUUAAGAUGUGCAUGCUCCGCCUCUUGUUGAACGGAACCAUGUCAAGGGGUUAGUGUGGAAACAAUCACGCCGUUGUUUCAGCGCAGGUGGCUCCUUGUCAGUCCCGAAAUCAGCCCUCAUUCGUCUCUUCCUUCCCGCCCCCUCGCUCUCUUCCUUCUUCAAAGUUGUGCUUCUCUAACCUUUGCCGUUCAUUCGUUGUAUUCAUUCUUUCCAAUAUCUCCUGCCUAGGCCUUGAUGCGGCCUUUUUCGUUUUUGGCACCAUCCCCUAUUGCGAUUCUCCUGGACUGAGAAUGGACACAUCGGUCGCGUUCGAAUACCAAAUCCCGCUCUCUUAGCUCAUUCUUGCUCCAGGUCGAAACAACCGUUUGCGAAAAUUCGGAUAUCCUGAGCUUGCAGUGCUGGCGUCGUUUAUGACAGCAUUUAGAAAAGUGACAUUUGUCCAUCAAAAAUUGCAGUCUGGUGCUGUCCGAUAUUGUUCCUCUUCUGAUUCCCUCCCACUGGCAACCCAGAGGAGAAAAGCAAUGACCUUUGCCUUUCCUUAUCGAUUAAAUCCGUUAGACCACGCGUUUCGAACCCCAAACAUCGUCAAUCCCUUUUCUCGAUAGCUCUGGUAGCUUUGCUGUCCUCUUUGGCUCUGCAUACCUAUUCCUUGCAGUGUGUACACUGCGAUUACAUGGAUUACUUCCCUUACAAUUGUCGUUCAACGGACCAUCGAAUGCGAUGUCGCUCCCAAAGCCCCCUGUUCGCCUGGAAGGGCAUUGCUCCAUCGUUUUCGAUAAUACGCUCUAUGUCUAUACUCCUACGACAUUUCUGUCUCUACCGCUAAAGCGAAAUUCUAGUUGGAAGAAGCUUCCAAUGGGCGAGCCCGUGAAGGGCGCGACCUGCGUAAAGGGAAGUGUUGAUGGCAACCCAAACAACCUCGGUUUCUACGUUGUUGGCGGGAAGAGUAGUUCUCCAGACUACUUUGGACUGCAGCGGUAUUCCUUUGCGGCUCGAAAGUGGGAAACCAUCUUUCCAGUUACAAACGAUGUUCAGAAUCGUAUAGACCAUGCCGCGAUUUAUCUCAAUGCCUCUGCCUCUCUUCUCGUAUAUGCAGGCUCGCAAGUCGGAGACAAUAAACCCUCAACUCAGUCUUUCGUGAUUUCUGUCACACCUCCAUAUAAUGUGCAGUCCUAUAAUUCUUACGUUCCCCCUGCCUUUCGUCCGAUGUUAUUAUCUUGGAGCGAGGAUAAGGCAGUUAUGAUCGGUGGCUCCCCACAGAAUACAAAAGUAUUUGCGUUCAGCGUUACAGAAGGGUGGCAUGACACAGGCGCUGCCCUACCAAAUCCACUGCCUGAUAAUCCCAGUGUGCAGUGUGCGAUGGUUUUUGGUGCCGACGGGAGCAGAAUCCUGGAAAUCUUUGAUAUGGGUAUCUCCCCAAACUUGGUUACUAAAUAUGCGAUGUUAAUGCCAGGAGGUACCCCGGCUCCACCUGGUCAACAAGUUGGGGCGGACAACUCAAACGCCAGAAGCAAAUCUGCUAUCAAAAACCAAAAACGGGACGUUACUCUUGACAGGUAUCCUCCGUAUGAUAACACUUUCGCUCCCACGACAACUCGUAGUGGGUUUUCGCUUGCUCAGGAUGCAAAUGGGUUGGUUGUCAUAUCCGGGGGAAGCGAACAAGAUUCACUGGUAAUUUUCGAUCAAUCAAGAAAUCGCUGGGUUGACACAAGCAAAUUUUUUGUCGGUACGACCACGAGUGUCAAGUCAACAAGCACGCCCACACCAUCCAGCACUCUUGAUCUGUCGACCCAGAUAGUGUUGACUGCAUCAUCUUCUCCAACAUCUUCGGAAACGUCUUCGGAUGUGCUGUCGAACAAUAACCAUGACUCCGGCAGACGAACUCUAACCAUAAUUGGCGCGACACUCGGAGCCCUUUUGGGUGUGGCGGCGCUUCUUAUUAUUCUCCUGCUACUUCUUGGAUGGAGAAAGCGUAGAAAUAAGUGUUCACACAAUGGAAAUGCUACAAAUCGUUCAAACGACGGUGAUAAUUUUGAUUUCCAGGACCAAGGCAUGGAACCUUUGACUCGCAACGUUCAACCAAUGGGACGAGGCCCCGUUCCAUCGACAGACUCAUGGGCCAUAGUGACCGGUCAGGUGUAUGGGAGCAUUGCCAAACAGUCACCUACUGCGUUCAAUGAGCUGGUUUCUGAGAAAGGCCGGAGUCCAUUACGAAAUGUCGAAACGAAUUCACCUGAAAGAUUAUCUGCCGUGUCCCAACCGGCUAUGACGGGACCUUUCGAUGAUGAUCAGCGGCAGGAUCGACACACAGAUGAAGGAUGGAGCAAAUAUUUCCAAGCCAACCAACACACCAAUAGGCCUAGCGAUCAUUCUGUGCGGUCGACGGUUUCAUCCCAAGAAUCCAAGUCAGAUUACAGAGAUAGUUCAUGGCCGCAUGCUUCCGCCGAGGUUCCAGCUUUAAGCAUUGGAACUGUGGGACACCCACAGCCAUUAGGAAAAGUAGCGUCCGGUAGUCCUAGUACUGAACAUGCUCCGGAUUUUGGAACCCACGUCGCGCAGCAUGGUUUAACCGCAAAAAUAUCUAGCGGCGAUUCAAUUAGCGUCGCUUCAGAUGACGAUCAAGAUGAUAGGAUCAACAUGUCCGGUUCCUACCUACCACAUGGCGACCCGAAUAUGCCGUUUGGUGCUUUCAAAGAAGAACGAGUGGCAAGCAGUACUUACUCCGCGAGUCUCUACCAACCAAAUGACUCGAAUUCGUUUGUGGCAUCAUCCGGGGAACAAGAGCGUCCACUAACGCGGUGGCCGCAUGAGUCCCAGGGCUCUAAGUUUUCGGAGCAGCGUACUCCGCGUGCUCAGCUUAGUUCUGAUAUAAGUUGGCUCAAUCUCGGCAAGAACAGAUGAAACGUGGAGUUCACUUUUGGUUUCUUUGAUCAGGGCCAGACUUGAUGCACAGUGUCUGACUCCUUUCCUAGGUAGGGGGACCACUGACAUUCAGCAUACGCGAUGGUAAACACAUCUAUUGCCAUGACAAAACCCUAACGACUUGUAACAUUUUCAAUAUCAAUUUUCCACCUUUUCAUUGAUAUUUUCCAAUUUUAUGGUUGGACAAGGUGCUUGCCUCACCUCGAUAACCUUUACCUUCAAAUAUUUCCCUAUUCUUGCUAAAUGGCCAACUUAUCACACUUGUCUUUUCUAGUUUUCAUUCAACUCUCCUUGGCUGGUGCUAUUUUGUCUAGUUGAGCAUUUCCAUCAAUCAACUAUUCUCUGGAUAGUUUUUUUGAGCUGGUCUUCUCUGGUGUCCCUGGUUUUCACUCUCAGUGGCUGCUUCAGACAACUACGUUUCCCUCAUUUUGAUUUCCGAGUCUUUCUAUUUUUGGUCUUUCGAGAAUCCGGUUGGGAUGUACUCCGUACGUUGGACUGUAAUUUCUUUCAGAGCGGCAUGGACUAAUAAUAUACCCCGAAUCGUUGGGUGGGUCACGAAUAUGUAUCAAGUCGGACUCUACCGCCUCGCAUGAAUGUGUAAGUUUCUAUUUUUUGUUCUAACGCACUGUGCCGUACUUUUUAUAUAGAGGUUUAUUUUUAUACAUCCUCAUCUCUUUCUGUCU